AUGUCUAACCAGAGAAAACAUACUAGCAGAAGGGCAAAUCCAGAGCCCAAUACUUGCCUUGGAGUACUUGGCCUCAGUCUGUACACAACAGAGAGAAAUCUUUGUGAAGUAUGUUCUCAAUAUGUUCUCAAUAUGAAUGGUGUCAAUGAGUCUCGAGGAUUCGCUUUUGUUUAUUUUGAGAGAAUAGAUUACUCAAAAGAGGCUAUGGCAAGGGCAAAUGGAAUGGAGCUGGAUAGUAGAAGAAUUCAGGUGGAUGAUUCUAUUACCAAGAGAACACACACACCUAUACCAGGCAUCUACAUGGGCAGAACAACUCAUAGUGGUGGUGGUGGAGGUGGUGGUAAAGACAGCAGUGGAGGUGGUGGCAGACGUCGAGAUUCUUACUAUGAUGGAGGAAAUGAUCAUGGAUAUGACAGAUAUGAAGACUAUGAUUACCAGUACAGAAGAUGA